AUGGGCAAAACUUUCCUCUCACUUCCGUACGAAAUAAAGUACAAGAUCCUCGCAGAAGCCUUAGGUGACCAAUUCGACUUUGUAUUUAAGUCGGGAAUGCAAGUCCGUGAAGUUCGCGAGAAGGCGGCCACUGACGAAUUGGAUGACGAUUAUUGUCUGUUGGUCCGAGUCGUCCCGACCAGGGUUCCCACCAGAUACCUUCUCGUUUGCCACGAAUUCAAAACCGUGGCUAUAAAAGUCGCAUCCGACAUGAAUAAACUUGUUUCACAGAAUCAAUCUCAAGUCACGAAGGAUGUUGUCCUCAAAGGGGGCUUACCAGCUUGCAGCUACUACGGCUGGGGACAGGUCUUCGACCAGCUUUGGGAUGAUAAGAAACCAAGCAGGAUCAUCUUGGCUCAUCACCCUCCAAACCCCUGGCACUUUUUAGCCCAGGUUAACAGCAUGGCCUCUAUGAGGUCCAUUUACUUCACUAAGGCAGUAACUACCUGGGGAUAUCGUGGAUUUGAGAAACUCUGGCACACUCAUUACCCCCAUAACGGCUCUGAGACGGCCUCCUGGAUUUCUCUUUUCCUGUCUGCCAACUUCCCUGUCUUGGAAACAAUUGCAAUCGGUGUAGGUAAGAGGGUUUCUCCUAGGCACAAAAGUGGCCUACCCAUCGUCCAGAUGCUCCGAUGGCUUAGGACGGGGCCACGCAACUGGUUGCAACACCAGUUUGGUCUCCCUCUCUUAGAGAUAAUGGACGAGCGAAACCCAAGGUCUCGCUCCUUGGAGCUUAUCUUUGAGAGGAAAGGUAAAGGAAUCGAGAUUCCAUUGGACCUCAAUAGUUACUGUAUGCCUCCACUAGGCUACAAAUGGGUCAAGAAAAUAUCUCCCGACUCUGAGAUCACAGGGAGGGGGAGGUACAUCAAUGAGUGGGACGAUUUCAAUCAAGUUGAAAUCCGCAAGGAAGAGGAAGGUGAAGUUCUCAAAGUUAAGCUUGGGCGUAUGGAUGAGGAUGAAAUGUAUCAUUUGGAGGAGGAUGAAAUGUUUCAUUCAGUUUUUAAGUGCGAGGAAGCCUGCCCUGAUACAACUGGAUUGUUCGAAACAUUCCCUGAGUCAAUCACCACGGUGUUUGAAUAA